AGGAAGAGACCUGCUCAGGGGCGUUUGCCUACAUGGAUUUCUAUGCCAGGAUCUGGUCUCGAACCCGACCCUGCUGCCUUGAAGCACUGUGAAGAAAUAACUGAAUUUAGAAACUAAACGAUACUUUUAGCUUUUUAUGCGAGGGCGGAUCGUCCUGUCCAGCCAUGGUGGAUUUGCGGUCGCUCACCCAGCCUGUGGGCAUCUUGCGAACACUGGCAGCCAUCCUCGCCUGUAUGUCGUUUAUCUUGGCAGCAACGGGGGGAAGUUCCUCAUCUUCUUACUGGGCAUGGUGCAUGUUCACGUGGUGCUUCUGCUUCUUCUUCACCCUUCUCAUCCUCAUCCUGGAGUUCACCGCUGUAAGCAAGAAGCUACCUUUCGCCUGGGAUGACUUCACCGCUGCCUUUGCUAUGCUGGCCAGCCUCAUGUUCCUGGCCACCUCCAUCAUUUACCCCACAUUUUUCACCUGCACGACCUGCUACCAUCAGAUCGGUGCGUCUGUGGUGUCCUGGGUCUGUUUCGGGGUGUAUGCCGGCGAGGUGGUCCUGACACGUCUUCGCCCGUGCGGAGAGAACAUCGGGUUUCUCUCAACGUUGGCCGGUAUAAUGAAGCUUCUGGAGACCUUCAUCGCCUGUCUCAUCUACACGUCCCUGGAGACUAAACAGUACGUGAACUCCCCGCCGCUGCAGUGGUGCGUGGCCGUGUUCUCCUUGUGUUUCAUCCUUUCCAUCAUCAUAAUCCUGCUCACCCUUGGACAAGUGACCUCUUUUUUUCCAAUCUCAUUUGACAAGCUGGUGGUCGUCUUCAACAUUUUGGCAGCAGUGAUGUACGCAACAGCGAUGGUGAUCUGGCCGGUGUACAGCCUCCAUAGCAAUAAGAGACCUGGCAACUGUGGCCACCUUUGUGACUGGGAUAAACUGGUGGUGGUCACCUUCAUGGCGAUCUUCAACUUCAUUGUUUACACCCUGGACACUGCCUACUCCAUACGCCUUGUGUUCUUUACUAGCAACGAGUAAAGCUGCUGCUCGUCAAAUCAAACAUCAACUGAAAACAGAAGCUUUCUGAAUCAUAGUGAAAAGGCCAUUUUGUAAACUUUAAUAAUGUUCUUGUUCUUUGAGAAAUGAUGCAAACGCUGACUUCAAUGAAUAUUCUGCAAACCCUGUUCAUCAAAAAUGCAAACUUACUAUAUUUAAAUGCUGGCUAACCAAUAUUUGUACAGUGUUAGUUAGUAAAUGAUUGAACUGCAUCACUGUCAUAAAAAUAAAAAAAUAUCCUGCUGGAACUUUG